UUGCACACCCCUUAUAGACACACACUUGGAUGUGGCUUUUUGGCUUCAGUCUUUCAAACGUGAAGACGAGAUGAAGACUCACUUGCUUGUCUGGGGAGUCCUGGCCAUUUUUGUUAAGGCUGUCCUUGUAACAGGUGACGAUGAAGCGACCAUUCUUGCUGACAACAAAUGCUUGUGUACCAGAGUUACUUCUAGGAUCAUACGUUCUACCGAGGAUCCUAAUGAGGACAUUGUGGAGAGAAAUAUCCGAAUUGUUGUCCCUUUGAACAACAGGGAGAAUAUCUCUGAUCCCAGCUCUCCUCUGAGAAGGAACUUUGUAUACCAUUUGUCAGAUGUCUGUAAGAAAUGUGAUCCUGUGGAAGUGGAGCUGGAAGAUCAGGUCGUUACUGCCACCCAGAGCAAUAUCUGCAGUGAAGACAGUGGCGUUCCUGAGACCUGCUACAUGUAUGACAGAAAUAAGUGCUAUACCACUAUGGCCCCACUUACGUAUCGUGGUGAGACCAAAAUGGUGCAGGCAGCCUUGACCCCUGACUCUUGCUACCCUGACUAGUUUCAGACACUUCCCAUGCAGCUUGUUAUUGUUAGAAGCUCUCCAUUUACACUCAGAAGUUAUACUCAAUGCUAAUGAAUUGGAAAACAAGGUUUUUUUCAUGGUAUAAAACUAACAUUCCCUUUCAAUAGUUAGAAUAUCAGCAUUGCUGUCAUUAUUAUGUAAUUCGUUCUCAAUUCUAAGUAGUAAAUCCUCAUGCCUGAUGAAAGAGGUAUGUUUAAAAGUUCAUUUUCUAGUGUUUAAAAUUGUAAGCAAGGGGAGAAAGUAAAAUUCCAGGAGUACAAAUCAAGAGGCAUAAUUAACUUCAGUCCUUUUUCUUCCUUCCUUGGCUGUGGAGAGCUGGAGCUUUUGCACAUCCAAUACUAGUUUUUCUCUUAAUAUCUCACUGUGUAGAGAAAACAUACAAUAAACAUAGGGCAGUUACAUCUCUUCACCAGAAGUUAUAAAGGACACAUUUUGGAACUAUUUACUAAUAUUUAUGAAAGAUGUUUGUUGAAAGUGAUACAAUUUGAUACACAAAUGAAAAAAAUGAAUGUUGAUAGAAUACAUAGAUUUGACAUUAGAUUUUCUUGAUAAUAUUUUGACAGUAAGAUUAGUGUCUGAAAUUCUUAGGGGAAUCUUUGGUGUUUCAGCUGAAUCUAAUGAAAUUUGUAUUCCAAAAAAUGUAUUCUCUAGUACAGUUUGAACAAUUAAAUAUAGUGAUAAGCAUA